CAGCCAAUUAUCAAUUAUUGUCACAUAUAUCUAAGCGCAUGUGUCAUCUCAUAGGUCCCAACUCGCUGCUCAGAUAGAUGUAGUUCGUCGGGAACUCGGUGCUGUACCGACAAGGAGAAGAGCUGCUGGUGGUCUGCAGGCGUCGUUCUCUCUGUGUGCCCCCCUCUGCCUGUCCCCUGCUCUCCUGCCGGAUACGUCCGUCUUUAAUGCGGUCGGCGAUGAUCAUCGGCUCGUGACCAGGCCGAUGCAGAGUGGCGAAUGCUGCAUACAUUCGAACGCGUGUCUCGAUUGAAUGGGUCACAUGAUUUGAUAGACGCACCUGGCGAGACCUCCAUCUUGUCUCUGCAUAGGCCGAUGGUCGCCUGGCGGGUGCCCUGCUGGAGCACACCGCGCUUCACACUCGUGACCUGCGAAGACGAGACAAGCAGUUACGACAUACUUAGUCUCCGCAUGUGUGCAUCUGUGGCGGCUCUGACCGUGUAUAUGGCCCGUUCUUUCGUGUCAGGCAGGGCAAAGUAUAGCCGGUUCAUCUUGCGAAGCUUGGUCAGUGGCAUGUCCAGCAGGUCGAAGAGCUCGAUGUCUGUCGUGGCGUCAAGGAUGCCUGAGCAAACAGAACAUGGCGAGAGCGUUGUGGCUGGUGUGGGCUGAUAGUCGUAUGUAUGGAUGGGCGACUGGCUUUGGUAUGCUCACUGACUGACUGAUGGGUUGGUUGUCGGUUGACACAAGCUGCGAGUCCUCUACCUUCACGUCUCGAGACACUGCCAGCAUCGAUACAUCCAUGGCCACACAUCAAUGGAAUGGGGCUCGGCUGGGUGCACACCUUUGUUGGCCCAGACACAGAGGCCGAAAAGAACGCCUGAAUGCCGGCCAAGAGGCAAUCGAAGUCAAGUGCAAUAUGUUCACUUUUGCGCACCGAUGGAGACGCAGUAGAGGCCGAACAGCACGCCCAGCGUCACGCUCCAUCGCCUGCGAGACGUCUUGGUUGCCAGCAAAGUGCUGCAAACAGGGUAGACAUGGCGUAUUGGAGGAGAUACAGCCGAUGAAAUGGCCUCUCCUUUGUCCGUCGUUAAAUACCGAGCUGCUGCAGCACACUCCUCGAGGCUUACCACGCCGUCGCCGUCGGUGUCCCACUGCUGCAGCAGUUUGAGGACCUCCCUGUCGGCGCUGAGGCCGAACAAGCUUGCCAUGGCCGCCACGGAGCUCUUCCUCCUUGCUCUUCCUCCAUACUUGCUCAAAGCCGAUGCCUUCCUCUCAUCCAUCCUCGCUCGAAAUUCCAAGGGUCUUUCAGUGGGGCUGCGUAGUGGACUCAAGGGGGGGAAUGC